AUGGAUUGUGCCACAAAUUCAAUGAAUACAUCCAAUGGUAUCAAAGAGAGUGAUUCCGAGGCCAAGAAUCUCACGAUUGAAAGAAAGAAAAUGAUUAAAGAGAUCGACAAAAGUCUUCGCGAAAGUCUUGAAGAAAUCGAACAGAUGGAGGAAUCGAUCAACAAUUCAAUGGAUAAUACAGUGUCUAAACCUCUCGACACACCAAUUAAGACAACUGUUAAGAAAUCAAACGAACAAUCGAGUGUCAAUGAUAAGCCAAUAAAUAAGACAAUCAAUAAGUUAAACGACAAACCAAAGAAGAAAACAACCGAUAAGUUACUGAACAACAAAACAAUAGGUCCGUUGCCGGCCGUCGAGGCAAAGACUUUCGCCGAAAAACUGGCCGUAAAGAGUGAGUCGGGAAAUAAUGGGUCACUAAAUAGGUUGCUAUACGACGAGGGGUUCGGAUGGGCGCGCACUGACUACGAGUGCGAGUUGUGUUGUGUCGUAUACCCGAUCGAGGAGUUGGUGGCAAUGAUCUCGUGUACGCACAACGCGUGCCGUCAGUGUCUCACUAAAUACUAUUGCGUUCAGAUCCGCGAACGACAACGACUGGUCAUAUGCUGUCCGUUCUGUGACGAGCCGGCCAUCGAUCCCGACGACGACGACACGGUGUUUGACUAUCUGGCACUUCUGGAUCAGUUGGUCCGCCAUCACGUGCCCACCGAUGUCUAUGAGCUGUUUCAGCGCAAGUGCCGCGACAGGGCUCUCAUGCGGGACCCAAACUUUCAAUGGUGUACUCAGUGUAGCUCAGGUUUUAUAGCACCCAACCUCCAGGCGCUGACCCUCAUGUGUCCGGACUGUAAGAACCUAACGUGUACUCAAUGCAAGAAAAAGUGGAAGAAACAACACUUUGGGAUCACUUGCGAACAGUUUGCCGAAUGGGAAAAGGCUAACGACCCCUCAUUUGCUGAACAACAACUCGAUAAACACCUUAAAGAGUUUGGUAUUGAUUGUCCUAAUUGUAAAUUCAAAUACCAGUUGGCAAAGGGUGGUUGUAUGCACUUUCGAUGCAUUCAGUGCUCGUACGACUUCUGCGGCGGUUGUCAGCGACCAUUCAAAAUGGGAAAUAGAUGUGGUGUCUCUCCGUUUUGCGAGAAACUGGGUCUCCAUUCACACCAUCCGAGGAAUUGUCUCUUUUAUUUGAGAGACAAAGACACUCAAGAAUUGCAGUCAUUGCUCGAUAAAGAAAACAUUAAAUACAAAACCAAAUUAGAUUCGGAUCAUAAGAGCACCCGAUGUCCUGUUAUGGAGCAGAAGGACACCGAUAAUGGUAUGCGAGACGAGGCCUGCGGUCGGUAUGUCGAGAAUGCGGGUCUUUGCAGACUUCACUAUAAGGAGUAUUUGGGAGAUUUGAUAUGGAAGGCAGGGCUCGACCCCAUACUAGUGUUCAAUACGGAUGAACUGGAAUUAGUGCUCAAACGCGAGAAUAUUCAACUCCCGGACAAGAAUCGAGAUUAUAAUAACUGGUACGACAAGGAGUUAUACACACAAAGAUUGCUUGAUAUGAUUUUGGAGAAAAUUCCGCUUAAAAACGAAUGUUAA